GUUAAAGUAAGAUGGCUGCGGGAAAAGGAAGAGUGUUUGAGAAAUCAUCAAAUGGGAUGUUUAUCAGUCUCUAACAGGAUGCUCAGCAGCCCGAAUGAAGGAGUGGUUAAUGUGUCAGCGUCCCCAGCUCAAUAUUCUCUAGCUCACCAGUUGUCUCCAGGUCACUUGCGUGCUGCUCAUCCGUUUACUGCUCUGACAUUGUGGAAUUCAUUAGCAGCUAGUCGUUAGCAACCAGCGCUAACUCACUAGCAACCAGCUAGCAGGUAUCCGUGGAAAUCAGGAAUAACUGUUGGGAGUCCUACAAAUAACAAAGCACAGAGAAGGUCCUGACUGGCUAUGGAGUGGUGUUGGCUUCAGACUGGAUGACAGCGUCUACAGGGGGACAGGGACAUUCUAAAGCAGCAGCGCUUCUCCUCGCCGUACUCUGAUUGGCAGUGACAGCUCGUCAGCACUCCCUUUCCUCCUUCUCUCUCUUCAGAUACCCUCCCCUUCCUCCCCCCCCCCCUGUAUCCCUCUCCUCCUUCCCACAUCUUUUCCUUUCCUCAACUUUUUCUUUCUGCCUUCUCUUGCUACGAGACUCCGACUUUAAUUUUUAAUUUUCUCUUUACUGGAACUCCGUCUCAUCUUAAUAGUUCUUGUGACUCUUACUGAGUCUAGUAUGAGCUGGCUGAGCAGGUUGAACCCGCGGGGUCCUGGGAGUCGGUCGGGCCGCAGCGCCGCCCCCUCCAGCCCCUGCACUGCCGACCCGGAGACCUGCCUCAUGGUGUUUGAGAACCACUGGAGACAGGUCUCGUGGGUGUUGGAGCAGCAGGAGCCUUCCUCCUCCAGCGAUGACCUGACGGCAGUGAGGAAUCACACCGACCAGAUGUUGUGUCUGCUGGCAGAGGAGCGGCCCGCUGAGAGCCCAGAGGGCGUGGCCGACGUGGCACCAAUGGGCCCCAUCCUGGAGCUGGUGGUCACCGAGAAUAUUCUGGAGUCUCUGGUUCAGUGGCACCUCCGCCGCGGCCUGGACCCAGACAGCCAGGGGGCGCUGCUCAAGCUGUUUGAGAUGCUCAUCGGACAGUCCCAGCAGCCUCUGCUGCAGCACACGGCCAUCCACCACCCCUUGCUGAGGCUGCUGGGAGCUUGUGCUGACCCAGAACUAGGUUGUCCUUUAGCUCUGGAAAACAGCCUGGUGCUGCUGCUCAACCAGAUCUGUGUGUCCAUGGCCCGGCAGCCUGUGGUUCUGGAGAUGUUGUUCCGGGCGGCUCCAGCUCAGCAGGGCUCCACCAACCUGCUGAUCUUCUCCCUCCUCGUUCCCUUCAUCCACCGGGACGGAGCCAUCGGACAGCAGGCCCGGGACGCGCUGCUGCUGGUCAUGGCGGCCUCGGCCAGCCACGAGUCGGUGGCACGCUACAUCUCUGAGAACUCCUACUUCUGCCCAGUGUUGGCGACGGGCCUCAGCGCUCUCUACUCCUCUCUGCCCAGGAAGAUUGAGGUUCGAGGAGACGACUGGCACGCCCUGCGGCGGGAGGACUGGAUGGGCGUCUCGUCUAUCGUGCUGUUCAUGAACUCGCUGGAGUUCUGUAACGCCGUGGUGCAGGUGGCUCACCCCCUGGUCCGCUCCCAGCUGCUGGACUACCUCCACAACGGCUUCCUCGUGCCCGUCAUGGGCCCCGCGCUGCAUAAGUCGUCGGUGGACGAGAUGAUCGCCAGCACCGCCUACCUGGACCUUUUCCUGCGCAGCGUGUCCGAGACGUCCCUCCUCAAAACCUUCCUGCGCUUCAUCCUGCUGCAUUGCCACGACAACGACACCAUCCUGGACACACUGCUCACACGCAUCAGCAGCAACUCAAGGCUCUGUAUGGUAUCGCUGAGCCUCUUCAGGACUCUUCUGUCUCUGAACUGUGAGGACGUCAUGCUGCAGCUCAUUCUCAGGUAUCUACUGCCCUGUACCCAUGUAAUGUUGAGUCAGCGUCGUGCUAUCAGGGAGACUGACCUGUACGGAAAGUCAGCAGACAAGUUCCUGUCGCUGAUCCCAGAGUGCUGCCGGCUGAACCUAGCGACCUCUGCUGAGCGGGACGAGGACAAUGCAUUAUGGGCAAAAGCAGUGAGCAGUCCCAGCUCAGAGUCUCCAGUCCCACCCAGACCCAGCACCCCGUCCCGCUUAGCCUUCUUCAUCCGCCAACAGAGCAGCGGAGGUGGAUCAGGAGGAGGGGGUUCCUCUGCCCCCACCAGCAUGGAGCCUCCUCAGUCGGGUCCUUCCAGCUCACGCCCCCUGUCCCCUGAAAGCCCGAUGCACCAGCAGCAGACCAACACAGAAUGCCUGGACUGGGAUUCGGGUUACCUGGAUUACCUCAAAGACUCGCGGCGAGGCAUCGAGUUUUGCUCCUGGGCCUGCCGUGACUGGUCGGCACCUUAUGAUGGAGAAAACCCCUCCCCAAACACAGCCCCUCCACCCCCACCUCCCCCUACCGCCAACCCUUCCAUGGCUAUGUACCCGGAGCACUUCUCUCUCCAGCAGGGAGGGAGCAGUAACACCCCUCCAGGCCAACAGAGGGCGGCCAUUGUGGCAGCAGCUCGAUCCGAGUGGAGCAGCUCAGAGCGGGACAGCGGCGAGUGGGACGUUACCAUCGGCAAAAACAACUGCAUCAGCCUCACUCCACGCUCCAAGAAACGCAGCCUGCAGAGAGAGGAGCUCCUGCCCAAGCCUAUACCUCAACUCGUCCCCUCCUCCUCGUCUUCAGCCCCCCCUUUAUUGACUUCCCACCCCGCCUCGUCCCCAGCGCCUCACAAUCCCACCUCCACCGUCACUGUUAGCUACCAGGCCAUGUAUAAUGGAACAUCUGGCCAGGGUGACGGUUGCUCAGACAAUCGAGACAGAGGACUGGAGGUAAAGAAAGUGAAGAGGGACUUAGGGGAGCCGCAGUAUUUGGAUGAAAACGCAAAUCAAAAUGGAUCCCUUGUCUCCUGCUCCCCCCAAAGCUGCACUGCUCUGCCACAGACUACUUUUAGUAACAGUGAAAUGAGUGAUGCAAAAUCGCUUUGUCCUAACCAGAUUUCCUCUCCAAGUCCCGUCACCCAGCAAACGUCUGACACCAAACUGCUGACGGGCGACACCUCAAACCCACACAAUGCAUCCUCAGAUCUUGUAGAAAGCAACCAGACUCAACAGUCUGUAGAAAGUCUCAUCAAGGAGCUGCUGGAGCAGGCACCGGGAGAACCGCAGCUCCCGGGAGACUCCAACGGGCAGGGCAUCAGCAUCGAGGCGUUCACACAGGAGCUGAGGGAGCUGGAGGACAGGGUGAAGGAGCGCAGCAGAGCAGCCGUCCUGCAGGAGGACACUCCCAGAGACUCUGUGUCUUCUGAGCGGCCGGAGGAGGAACCGUCCUCAGGCCUGGAGAUGAAGCUGACGGUCGAUCCAAAAGUAGAGGGGCCUGUGGUGGGCCUGUGCAGCCCUACUAGACCCCUUAAUCAACCCGCCUCUCAGCCAUACACGGGUCCGUUCAUGGUGGUUCUGUUUGCCAAGCUGGAGAACAUGCUCCAAAACUCGCUGUACGUCAACAUCCUGCUGACGGGCAUCGUGGCCCAGCUGGCCUGCUAUCCUCAGCCGCUCCUACGCUCCUUCCUGCUCAACACCAACAUGGUCUUCCAGCCCAGCGUCAAGUCACUGAUCCAGGUUCUCGGUUCUGUGAAGAACCGUAUCGAGGCGUUUGCAGCCUCUCAUGAGGACUUCCCUGCCAUGUUGAGGAAAGCCCAGCAGUACCUGGUGGCCCGAGGCAAAGUGGACUGGACUGACUCGCCUGCAGCGGUCCCAAACCUGCGGCGCUCUGAUUCAUUAGUGAAGAGUCGUAAACCAUCUUUGGGAGACCUGAUCCUUCGCCACACCAACAGCCCGACCCGGGCUCGGCACGCCGCCCAGCUGGCCCUCGCUCACGUACGGGACGGCAGCCAAUCACUGCACAGCGCUCUGUUCAGAGGAGGUGGAGGCGGAGGGGCGUCUGGCCUGGAGAAGCAAGCUGAGGCACUGCGAGUGAAGAACGCCGUCUACUGUGCCGUCAUCUUCUGUGAGUUCCUCAAAGAGCUGGCUGCCCUGGCUCAAGAGCACGCAGUCACUCUGCCUUUCCCCCAGGGCCAAGAGACGGAGGAAUAGAAGGUGAACUUUAACCUUUCAGAUUUAGCUCUUAGCCUCUUUUUCUUCUGUAAAAGAGUUAGAUACGACUCUCCCCUUUCCAGAGGACGGACUGGAGCACUGAGACUUUCCUGUCACUGAAGUGGGUCGUCUGCAAUGACUAAAGGCAGGAUAAAAGAACUGCGUUUUUGUACCUAAACGGUUAUAGGAUACCUAUAUGACUGGAAGAAGUUCCCUCAUCUGUAAACUUAUAUGAUAUUGUGCAUAUCAUUUAUUAUAUUUACAUUCUAUAAAUAGAAACAAUCUCAGUAAUGGCUUGAGAUUUAGAAGCUUGUACAUACACAUACCAUGUCAUGGUAUAAUGUGACGCAGUAAAGCCACAGAUAAACGAAAUAGAAGAACAUAUUGGUGCUAGUCUCUUUAUGUUUUAGGUUGAAAGGGUGCUUUCAGGCGGCACAGAGGAGAAGAAAGUUUUGUCCUCAACAAAAUCAUAAAAAACCAACACCAAAAAAAUGUUUGACAGGAAAUCAUUGAAAGUGUAGAUCCAUCAAUCCAUUACAAAGUGAUGGAAUCAGCUUUGGCCAUCUCUGUACGACACAGCUUGGCUCAUGUCCUCUGUCAAGGACCGGCAUAUCGAGAAAGCUCACAGAGAAACGGUUAAUCUUCCUAACGGCAUCUCAAUGUCCAUUAUCUGCACUGCUGCAAAGACUGGUCAUCAAUGAACGAGAUGAAAGCUGGAGCACACAGGUGAGGGAGAGUGCUGCUUUCUCUCCCAUGAAGCAGUGCGGCCAACACAAAUGUACUGGAAAUCUUUGGGUAGUGAAAACCAUUUUUUAAUAAUAUGUUUUAAACGUUUGUCUUUUGCACCAUUUUAUAGACAUAUCAACAAUGUUUGGGAGUAAGUGUGUCUGUGUGUGUGUGUGUGUGUGAGUGAGGGUUUAUUUGACAUUUUUUGAAUGACUCCUUUCCAAAAGGUGACGCCAACCCUUCAGGCCAUCAAUAAGCCAUUCACCUGUUGCCAUAAAGGAGGCUGUGUGAAUGAAAGGCAGCGCUGCUUUCAAAUUCAUACCUGGAGUGUGUCAUUUAGUCUUUUUAAAAGACCUGCCAGAAGAAAAGCAAGAAGGGAAAAGAUUUUUCUAGGGAGCACCAUAUAUAACUUACUUUGAACUGGCAUUUGUCCCUCAUGAGGCAUUCACUGACACUUCUUAGCACAUUACAUUUCAUGAAGCUUAUACCAAGAAAUGUAAGUUUUCCGUUCUUAAUUUCUAAAUAUUUUCUCUUGGAUGAAACAGGCCAAAAUGAAACGUAACAUGCUGCUAUUUUUUUAACACUAAAAUCCAUUUCAUUCUUCCCAUAGCUACCGUCUUUUCAUUUUAUUGUUAGGUACCAAGUAUAAAUGUGCAUGUGAGGAUGUGCCAGUGUUGUGAUCGGCAUUUUAUUUAUUUUAUUAAGAAGUUGAAUGAAGUUGCAGUCAAACAGUGUUAGAAGCAUUUGCCAAGAUGAAAUGAUUAUAAUAAUUCUCUCAGCGUUCUUUGGAAGUUUUUUCUUUUUAUGAGAUUCUAAUGCUUGAUUUUACAGGUCUUUUAUUUCAUUCAUACCAUUUUCUGUAACAACUCAACAGCCUAUGGGGAAAUGAUAAGGAAAUGAAGAACCUGUAAAAGAAAGCAUUACUUGUGUGACUGUUUAAUUUGAUCCCUUUUUGUGAUUUAAAUUAGUUUACUGCACAUUCUCGCCAUUCUCUCGACUUUCAGCAGUAAAGAAGCUUCUGGAAGUGUCUGCCAUCCUGCAGAAUCUUUGAAAUUGAACACCACAUUAUGUUUUCCCCUGAACAAGUUGAGGCCCUGUCAGCUUUUCAAAGCCAUACCCAUGUUUGUAAAUGAAGUCCUUUAUGAUGCUGUCACUCACUUUUCUAUGGAAUUUCUAGACACAUUUCGUAACACCCUCCAGUUUUAAUACCAUUAGUUAAGAGUUUCUGCAUGCCAGUUAAGGCAAGAUUCAUAAAUAAAUAAAAAUAUAGUGAAAAAUAAGUUUUCUUUGGUUUGUGCGAUAGUGCUGAGCUGAAAUGAGCUUCCAUACUGUAGGUUUUAGUGGUAAGUGCUUCAUCCCAGCGUUUCACACUGAAUGUUUGCAUUUGUUAAUUAAAUUGAUAGAGAAAAACCGUCUGUACUUUAUCCACUGCCAUUCAUCAUUCCAUCUAUUACCCAGUCGGGUUAAUGUUUCCCUUGCACAGAUUAAAAAAUAAAUAGGCCAGAGGGUCUAAAGUUCCCUCACCGGGUUCCUCUACGUUUACACUCAAGAUUGUGUUUUUGACUAAACUAUUUUUACAAAAUCUUCUGUUUAAAUGUGUGUCAAAUGUUCUCAAAACUUGAACUUACUUGGUCAGUGUCACAUUGUUACUAAUGUGUUUCAGUGAGUUUUCUGUUUAAAUUCAUGGACACCAAAGACGAUCUCUCUGACAACAUUGAAAGUCCCACUGUCUCUGUGAAGAGACAAUUUAAUACAAUUUAAAGUAACAGUUAAAUACAAGGGAAAUAUUAUUAGACAGCAACAUUGAUACAAUUGUAUUUAUCAAGUGUGGUGGAGCGAAAAAGAUAGAAUUGACAGCCAAACCUGUGAAAAUGAGACCAAAGCUAACUGUUGUCCCUGAAAAGAGAUAUCUACCAGCUGAAGCUCUUUGGACAGGGCCAGUGUGUUUAUGAGACUUUGACGUCAUUAAGAAAUAGAAAGCACGAGAUGCAAAACUGAAAUGGUUGGCAUUGGUCCCAUUUGACUGAUUUGAUUUUAAUCAUGUACUCAUGUCUACACUCCUUGCAGUCAUUGUUCACUGUCAUUUCAAUAUUUAGUUGUAUAUAAAUUAAGAUCACAAAGACAUGAAGUGUGCUUUUUGGCCAGCCAGGAAUAUUUCCCCAGGCUGACAGAAGACAGACUUAAAACAGGCAGUUUGGUGAACAGGAUGGAGGCUGUGUGGUUAAUGUGAUGGAUUACCUCACUUCGUGGAAGUUGUUUUUUACACUCCACAUGAACGGCAGCAAAUAGCUUCCUCUGCUGGAAGAGAAGUGAGACCUCCAGCUGUGUUGGCACCAGUAGGGGACUGUGGGCGACAGCCUGUUAAAAACACAAAUGCAGGUAGUGAUGACAAUUCUGGAAAGGGAUUUAGUUUUUUGAAUAUGCAGUAAUUACGACAGCUGGAUGCUGAAGCAAAUGCAGAAAUGUCUUUAAGUGCAGUUCCUUUAAUGGCCACCACAAACUGUCACAAAUACAUUUUACUGUAACGAGGUGACGAGAAAACCAAAUUGAUUAACUCUUUAAAAAGUAGAUAAAUUGUGCUAAGUUUGUGAUGUGCUGUGGUGGUAGCCGCUCUACUCAGACGGUUUCGUUUUUCCUGACUCAAUUUAGCAACAAAGAUGGAGGUGAGAGGUAAACCUAAAGCUGAGCUGCAGAAAAUGUUGUCAUGUCACAGAUUGUGUUAUUUGUUUCCUGCUGUCUUUGUUCCAGACAGAUGUACCAGAACACUACAAUGUGCGUGUCAGAUCUAAAAAUAGAAUCAGAUAAUUCACAUUCACAGUUGUUUAGUUAAAUUCAGUGCAUGUUUUUUAUUUCAUACAGUCUGUUCACAGCAAACCAAAGUCUUCAAUUGUCAAUGAAUUUAAUUUGAAUCAGAACUGUGCACUGUUGUUCCUUUGCCCUCACAAGGUUUCCACUUUACAGCACGUUUCAGUUUCCAAUGCACACACAGUUAUUCUAUUACUGUCAGUGUUUUUGACUGUAUGACUAAAGACAUUCAAAAUGUAUUGGGUAUAUCCAAAGGGACUCGCCUGCUGCUUAGGAAUUUGUUUUCACAGCUGAAUUAGCAUCAUGUAUACAUGUUUUCAAAUUGAUUUGUGUUAAUGUGUUGACUUGCUAAUCACAAGAUGUACAGCAUCUUCUCAAAUGUAUUUUUCUUUUAAAAGCUUAAACUUUUCCCGCCUGUUAGAUUUCUCCCCUGUGAUCUAUGCAAACAUGCUCUAGUUCCCCCCUCCCCCAUCCCCCCUGUGAGGCUGAACGAUGAUGUGGACUGAUCAAAAUGUGUAAAUACUGUAAAAAGAGGAAUGGGUCAAAAUGCCCAACAUGACAGAAUGAAAAUCAUGCUAAAAAUAAUGUACUGAUGAAUGUUGUCAGAAAUAUUUUUCUAUAUUUUGAAAUCAUUAGAAAAAACGACAAAUACAAAGUGGGGAAAAGCUGUCAUACGAAACACUACAAAGGGAAUGUUUUUAUUAAUUUAUAAAUUCUUUGCCUAGCAAUA